CUAGUGCUGUAAUUUUUUGUUUUGCACAGCAAAGAAGCAAAAACUGCUCAGGACCUGGCAGCACUGGCUGAUUUAUGUUGAUGUCCAAAGGACAAAACAAAGGAUGCAGGCUGUGGCACUGGCGUUCAGGGAAAGAACCCGUUUGUGGAUAUCAUGGGCAGUGUGGAGAAGACGAUGCUGUCAGAUCUGUGCUGGACGUGAAAUGAAUAUUUUGGCUCUGCAGCACUGGGCUCAGAGCCUGCAAUUUCGAGCUUGGCUGCAGUGGUGGCACCUAUAUUUAAGCAGCCAGAAGGCCAAGCAGAAGGAGACCUGGGCAGUAACUCACCACGUGCACAGGGAAUUGAAGAAGUGCAUGAAAGCAUGGCUGGAAUAUGUGAACAUCCGCAGGGAAAAGAAACAUCAGAAUGAGCUGGCUCAAGAGCAUCUCCAAGGCAGGGUGGUCCAGCACUGUUUCUCAGAUUGGCGUCUGUCAUGGGAGUGCAGGAGAAGAGUGCAUGUUUACCAAAAGGAUCUUGAAAGACUGUCAGCAAGGAUUACCUUAAGGAGAGUCUUUGCACACUGGAGGCAUUAUGUUGUACUGUGUGUGGAAGAGACUCUGCAAUGUGAGCUGGCUGAAAAGCACCACAGACAUCAGCUGUUGAAGUUUGGGUUUAAAGGUCUUCAGCAGAAUGUCAUGAACAGUCAUCUUCAUCAAGUGAGAAAAAAUCUGUCAUUCCACCAGCACCGAGUUACAGUGCUGCACAAGUUCUGGAACUGCUGGAAGUCCCGCUUGGAAGAGAAGGAAGAACAACAACAGCAGGCCUUAACAUCUAUGGCUCAUGCCCAUUACAGGAGGGUGCUGAUGAGACAUGUAUUUGACACAUGGUUGGUGAGGACGUGCAAGCAGCAAGAGUACAGGAUGGGAGAGAACAGGGCUGUACUUCAUUUUGAAAGGCAACUUUUGGGUUCUUUCUGGUGCCUUUGGCGUAGAAGAACAGCUGCACGUCUGGAAGAGCAAGAGGACUUGGAUCGUGCAAGAGAUCACUACAGGAACAUGCUUCUUCUGAAUGCUUUCUAUCUGUGGAAGAAAAAUACUCAGGAAAGAAAAAUAGAGAAGCUCAAGGAGAUGCAAGCCUUAAGGUUUCACUAUUCAAAGUGUCUGCAGCAAUCUUGGAACAAGUGGAGAAAGUACAUGCAACAUCAGUGUGAGAAAUGGAGGAAGCUGGUGCAAGCAGACAUGCAUUAUCAGCACGUGCUACUGGGCAAGAUGUUGGCAGCCUGGAAGAGUUAUCAAAAUCACAUUCACUGCAUUCUGUACCAAGUAGCUGAGAAGGAGGAACAGCACAAUAGACUGCUGCUGCGGAGGCUUCUGUAUUUGUGGAGGAAAAAUGCUCUUGCUCUUAUACAUGAAAGAAAAGUGACUGCUCAAGCUGAUGAGCACUACCAGAGAGCAAUCCUGUUAAAGGUGUUGCUGCAGUGGAGGUGCACUGCCUCACUACGAGUGUGUCACCGUCAGCAGAAGGUGGCAGCUGUGAUGGAGGCCAGAAAACAUUUGGACGCAGUGCGUUUACAGGCCCUGUUUCUUUGCUGGAAGGAAUUUACUAAGGAGUCUCUGAUGAUGAAGGUUCAGCAGCGCAGAGCAGUGCAGCACCAUCAGCAGCACCUACUGCAGAAUUACCUGGAAAAAUGGAAGAAAUACCAUCAACAGUGCAUUGAGAAGAUGCUACUGCAGAGAAAAGGAGGACAGCUAAUGACUCAUAGGCUUCGCUCUACUUUUUUUUUGUGCUGGAAGGCAAGGCUGUUGCAGCAGCAAUGGGAAAAGCGGAAGACAGUACAAGCAUUGUGGCACUGGUCACUUUCAUUGCAGAGGAAGGUAUUCAGUGCUUGGUUGAGAUUUGCCCAGGGGCAACAGCAGCACAAAGAACGCAUUGAAAAAGCCAAAGGAGUUUAUCGUGCUGCCCUCCUGAGAGAAGGUGUAACCAGGAUUUUGAGGUACACUGCUGGCAUGAAACAGUUGAGGGAAGAACUCCAAGCCCGGAACCAGAUGAAGGCAGCUUACAAUCUUCACCAGUCAGUCUAUCGUUGUGCAAUGCUCUGGAAACAGAAGGCUCUCUACAAGAAGUUAAAUAAGCCUCGUUCUUUUCUGCCAUCUUUGAAGAAGCAAGUGACAUUUGAAAUACCUGAUGACAGCCUUGAAACAAGAGGACAUUCAGCAGAGGAAAAGCUGUGGCCUUCAAAAUGCAGUGAUCUACCAUUCCUAUUUGCUGGCGAUGACUCAACUCUCAGUGAGCUAGAGGUUGUUCGACGAGCAAGGUUACCACCACGAAGACCUGACUUCCUCAUAGAAUCUCUAGAAGGAAAGGAACUGCUGGGAACUCCUUUUUCCAGAUCAGAAAUGCCUUUUCAGCCAACAGAUGCAAACAAAUGUUCUUCUCAGAAUGGGAAUUUAAUGUUAACAAUGGAAAUGGAAGAAAACACCUGUAAGAGGCUCCCACAACUGGGCAGUACCACUCACUGCUACUCUUCUCUGACACACGAUGCUCUCCCAUCUGUACCAUCAAGGACAAGUGAUGUGCACUGUGUUGUUCAGAAGCCAGAGUUAUGGUCUCCUUCAUCUUUCAUGCCCCAAGUUAAAGCUGGAGCAGAAGUGAAAGGAGGUCAGCCUGUGCAUGGUCAGACAGGAGCCCGUUCCCAAGCUUGUCAACAGAGAAAAGAGUUGGAGAAGUUGCAACCAAACUUACAGUCACAUUUGCUGUCACCUGAAGAAUUACUGAGAAAACAGAGUCACCAAAAUGCAGCUGAAUUGGAAGAAAGAAAGCACAGUUCCAGAGAAGAAAUAGUGCUACAGAGAAAGCUAGAAGCAGAGCUCCAAAGCAUCCAACAGCAAAUGCAGUACUACUUCAGCAGGAAGCAAGAACUCAAGUCUUGUCGGCAGCAGGCACAGAUUCUACAUAGGUGGCUAGAAAGGAGAGCACAACUACAGGAUCAAGAUAGUAUACAAAAAGUUCGGGAAGAAUUGGACCAGUUGGAGGUGAGGAUCAGUGCUCUCACCAAAGCACAACACCGAGAGAGAUGUCACGUGCAGAACCUGGUUGCUCGCCUGCACGAUAUUCAGGUUGCUCUGGAUAUGUAAAUUCAUACCAACCUGAUUUCCAGAAGGAGUGGCUGCAGUUUUCACCCCUUUCAAAGCAGAAAAGCAUAGAGGAUGGAAAGAGAUGUAUGCAUUCUCUUAGUCCAGGUGUGGUAUUUCUAUUUUAUAAACUAACUUAAACAUU